GCCCUGUCCCGGCGGCAGGGCUGGGCCGCGCAGAGGCCCAGUGGACUGGACCCUGCGGGACAGGACCAUGCGGGGGACGCGUCUGGCGCUGCUGGCGCUGGUGCUGGCUUGCUGCGGCCGGCUUGCAGCGGCCCUGCGAUGCUUCAGCUGCCAGGAGCCCACGGAGGCGGCCGGCUGCAUGACCAUCGCCACAUGCAAGGCCAACGAAACCAUGUGCAAGACCACCCUCUACUCCCGGGAGCUGGUGUACCCCUUCGUGGGGGACGCCACGGUGACCAAGGCCUGCGCCAGCAGGUGCCAGCCCUCAGACGUGGACGGCCUCGGCCUGACACGGCCCGUGUCCUGCUGUAACGCCGACCUGUGCAACGUGGACGGGGCGCCUGGCCCCCGCGGCCCGGCCCCGGCCCUGGCCCUGGCGCUGGCCUCCCUCCUGAGCCUCGCCCUUUAGUGCCCCCUCCCUCCCCCCGGCCCAAAUGCCCUGAAGAAGCUCGCCCGCCUGCA